AUUUCCUAUAGUACUAUGCGUUUAUUAAGUGGGAUUGGAACUCUCAGAAUUCCCACUCGAUGUUGAGUUGAAAGUUAUAAUCUGAACACAUUUCAAGGACCUCCCAGCUAUCAUAUAUUGUAUUAUUGCAGCCAUACAAUUUUUUAAACUGACCAGUACUUAAUAUCCUGAAGUACUACAUCUCUUAACUUGGUGUCACAAACUUGAUAAUUUUGCAUCUUUUUCUGUGCAGACCUUACAUAAUGGCUUAGGGCAAUGUGCCUUGCACAGAAGAUGGGAUUGCCCAUUGAACUGGGGACUGUGGUAAAUGACAAUGAUAUUGUACACAAAACUAUUCAGCGAGGUGAUUUUUCUGUGUCCUGGAGUGUGAAAGAAACACUGGCAUCAGCAAUGGAUAUUCAGGUAUCUUAUAAUAUGGAGAGGAUUUACUAGCUGUUCUCUGGAUCAGACAAUAAUUUGGUCAAGAGUCUGAUGGAAGAAUUUUGUAUUACUAAGAAAGUGAAACUUCCUUCAGAGUUGCAAAAUAAGUUAACUCUGUUUUGAUCCCAUAUUCAGAAAUAAGAAUUCUUUCUCUGUCAAGAUCCAUUCUAUGUACUGUGUACUCUUCUCAAAGUUGAUGCAUUUAAAGUAAUAAAACUUAUAUCCAUGUUAUUUACUUGGACAAAUGACAAAUUUAAAUUAGGUUCAGUGUAAUUUAUGUUAGGCCUGCUUCAUUGCUGUAGCCUGUGGGGAAAAAAGAUAAUUAGGUAGCAGUUGCAAAGUCUUAAAGGAAAUGGAUAAUCUGGAUAAAUUCCAACCAGGUUUUAGGCCAGGAUAUAGUACAGAGAUAGCAUUGGUCAUAUUUGUUGAUAAUCUGUAGUGGAAUCAGGAAGGGAGUGGUGCAUCUAUCCUUGUGCAUCUUGUUUUCUCAGCAGCUUUCAGUUUUGUUAACCAUAGUAUCCUUCUGCAUUUGUUGUGAGACUUGAGAUGUUGUUAUAGUGGUUCACCUCCUUUCCCAGUGAUUGGUUUCAGCCAGGAUUGAUAGGAGGAGAGAGAUUGCAUCUGAGAGAUGCUGGGGUUGAUCCUCUCACACCUGUUUUACAUCUACAUCAAUCUUCAUAUAGGUCAGACAUGUCAAACUCGUGAUGUCACAUGACAUCAUGCAAUGUAUCGGGACGGUUUUGCCAUUGCCGGCAAUGGGGUGGGUGCGGCUUCCAGAUGAUGCAUCCAGCCCACGGGCCGGCAGUUUGACACCCCUGAUGUAAGUUAUCCAUCAGUUCAGAGUUGUAUCAGCUUUCUAAAUAAACUAGUUAAUUCUAAUUUAAUAUUAGGCUACAUUAGCAAAAUCUUGUAAGUCUGACAAUACAGAUCUACUAUCUUUUAAUCACCUGAUUAGUUAUGGUGGUUCAUUUUUAAGUCCCAAAGAUGCUUUUUCAAAAAGCACCUUUUGUUUUUCCUUGAAGACAUUUCACUUCUCAUCCAAGAGGCUUCUUUAGUUUCUUUCUAAGUAUCUUAUUCUGUUCAUUACUCUGUUGUGGGCUCCUCCCCCAUUAUCUGAUCUGUUCCUAUGCAACAUGUCUUCACUGACCACCCUUCCCCAGUCUUUUUUCUCUUAGAAAUAAAAAUUUCUAAGAGAAAUCUCUAAAACCAGUUACUUGAAAUUUUUGAAGUCUGUAACAGUUGUUCUAUGCAAAUCUUUUUUCUCUCCAAGUUUUUUAUUAAUUUUACAAUAUUACAUUUUUACAUAUUUGAAAAGUGGUGUGGUGGCUGAGCACAGUAAU